AUGGAUCUUAAUAUCCCAGACCAUUUGAAUGCAUCUUCAUCAAUUUUACUCUUCACCGAGUCAACACCAAACGCUUCGCAUGAAAAACUUGACGAUCAGAUCAAUGCACUGAAGACACGUUUCCCGAAUGCUGACGUUUGCUCAUCGCUACAACAUAUUGAAAUUUGCUUUGCCUUCCCACUAUCUCGUACACCUGCUUUGUAUAAAUAUGCUGAUUUUCAGCCAUCAGUUCACGUUGGUGAAUCGUUCUCGUUGAAAUUGCCAUCGAAAGUGAACGAAAAAAAGCAAAAAAUAUGGAGUAUAAAUGCGGAAAACGAGGAUGAGAAUCUGAUCGAUGAAGACAAUUUACUGCUCGAACAAGAUUUCAUCAAGCCGUCGGUUAAUUCACUCAAAGUUGGUUGUGAUGAAAACGUUGGCGCCCAGAAGAAGAUACGCGCAUGUAAAAAUUGUACGUGUGGACUGGCUGAGGAAUUGGAGCAAAAAACGUCCACUAGUGAUGCACCGAAGUCAUCGUGUGGCAAAUGUAAUCUGGGCGAUGCGUUUCGUUGUUCGACGUGUCCAUAUCGUGGACUACCGCCGUUCAAGCCGGGAGAAGAGGGCAAAGUGCUUUUGGGUGUUGUGGAUGACAUUUGA